GGGGUAAAGCCUUUCACAUGUACAAAGUGUGGAAAAGGAUUUACAGGAAAGAGUAAUCUGAAAACUCAUGAAAGGAGUCACACAGGGGAAAAGCCUUUCACAUGUACAGAGUGUGGAAAAAGUUUUGCACAAAAGAGUGAUCUGAAAACUCAUGAAAGGAUUCACACAGGGGUAAAGCCUUUAACAUGUACAGAGUGUGGAAAAGGAUUUACAGAAAAGAGUAAUCUGAAAACUCAUGAAAGGAUUCACACAGGGGAAAAGCCUUUCACAUGUACAGAGUGUGGAAAACGUUUUACACUAAUGGAUCAUCUGAAAACCCAUGAAAGGAGUCACACAGGGGUAAAGCCUUUCACAUGUACAGAGUGUGGAAAAAGUUUUACGAAAAAGAGUGAUCUGAAAACUCAUGAAAGGAUUCACACAGCGGUAAAGCCUAUCACAUGUACAGAGUGUGGAAAAAGUUUUACAAAAAAGAGUAAUCUGAAAACUCAUGAAAGGAUUCACACAGGAGAAAAGCCUUUCACAUGUAGAGAGUGUGGAACAAGUUUUUCACGAAUAGAAAAUCUGAAAACUCAUGAAAGGAGUCACACAGGGGAAAAGCCUUUCACGUGUACAGAGUGUGGAAAAAGUUUUACACAAAAGAGUGAUCUGAAAACUCAUGAAAGGAUUCACACAGGGGUAAAGCCUAUCACAUGUACAGAGUGUGGAAAAAGUUUUACAAAAAAGAGUAAUCUGAAAACUCAUGAAAGGAUUCACACAGGAGAAAAGCUUUUCACAUGUAGAGAGUGUGGAACAAGUUUUUCACGAAUAGAAAAUCUGAAAACUCAUGAAAGGAGUCACACAGGGGAAAAGCCUUUCACGUGUACAGAGUGUGGAAAAAGUUUUACACAAAAGAGUGAUCUGAAAACUCAUGAAAGGAUUCACACAGGGGUAAAGCCUUUCCCAUGUACAGAGUGUGGAAAAAGUUUUACAAAAAAGAGUAAUCUGAAAACUCAUGAAAGGAUUCACACAGGAGAAAAACCUUUCAUAUGUACAGAGUGUGGAAAAGGAUUUACAGAAAAUAGUAAUCUGAAAACUCAUGAAAUGAUUCACACAGGAGAAAAGCCUUUCAAAUGUACAGAGUGUGGAAAAAGUUUUACACAAAAGAGUAAACUGAAAAUACAUGAAAGAAUUCACACAGGAGAAAAG